GUGUUUUUACUCGGGGUUGAGUAAACUCCGGCCUGUUGUGUAUCAUAAUACGCGUGCACGCGGGUUUACGGGUUAGCCUGGCAUCGAACCACCGGAUCGCAGCCUCGACCACGCCGUGCCUGUCUUCCACACCGGGAACUAACUUCCUUCGUCGUGGGUCGCGUCACGGAGAGACACAUCUACGGAGCGUCAACAAAGCUCCGAUACCCGGUCCCACCGACGGAAUCGACCGCAUUACCGAUUAUCAAUCGACCGGUCUCCACGGAUAUACACGAGUGACCGACGGAUCCUGAUCUCGCGAUCGAUCCUCUAUGGUGAAAGCUCCUGAAGCGGAGCGCCUAUUGGUUGUUAAAUUGUGAGAAAGUGCGAGUCGCGAUUGGCCCCGUUCAGUGAGUGCACGAGUUUCGGAAAAUUGAAACUCGACGGACGUAGUCGGCGGGAAAUUCGAAAGCUUCGAAGAAUGUCAGUCGUUGUACUCGGGAGGUAUUGAGGUUUGACAGUAGUGUCUCGGGGAUUGCGCGGAAAAAUUGGUUGGAUCUUUGUUGAAAGAAUCUUCUCGAUCGGUUCGAAUCAGUGAAGUGUGUCGCGACGAAGAUGCAUACGUUGUUCGGGGAGCAGAAUGCGUAUUACCGUCACGCGACGGCCGUCCCCGUUGGGAUGGGAACCCCCUCGUACCCAGGCGUGGGUGCCACGCCAGGAUAUUACGAGCAAUAUCGAUAUGGCGGGUACGCAACGGCAGCGGGCUAUCCGGUCUCGGGUAUUGCUCAACAGCACAUCCAUCACCCGGGCAAGGAUAUGGUGAAGCCUCCUUACUCUUACAUAGCACUGAUCGCCAUGGCGAUACAGAACGCUCCUGACAAGAAGAUCACGCUGAACGGCAUCUAUCAGUUUAUCAUGGAACGGUUCCCGUAUUAUCGCGAGAACAAACAAGGCUGGCAGAAUUCGAUCAGGCACAAUCUCAGUUUGAACGAGUGUUUCGUGAAGGUGCCCAGGGACGACAAGAAGCCGGGGAAAGGAAGUUAUUGGUCGCUGGACCCGGACAGUUACAACAUGUUCGAUAACGGCUCUUAUCUACGACGCCGCAGACGUUUCAAGAAGAAGGACGCGCUGAAGGAGAAAGAGGAAGCGCUGAAGAGACAGGGUCUGGUGCCCGAGAAACGAAACCAGGACGAGGCGAAGCCGAACGGUAUCGUGAUCCCGCCGCCGUCGGAUGCCGCGUCGAAGAAGCUCGCUGCAAUGGAGACGACUUUGUGCAAACCGAAACGAGAACCCGUCAACGACACCGGAAGUCACUGUAUGGCCGUGCAAGCGAAGUACGGGUUGCACAGUCCGAUACAGGACGCGAAAACCGCCGCGGCGACGACGACCGCCGCCGUCGCGAUACCCGGUCAGAGCGUCAUACAGAGUGCUCUGGGUCAUCAAGUGCAUCAGCCUCACCAAGUGCAUCAGGACGCUAUUCAGGACGUCUCGAUGGGUCUCGAUCCCACCAGCUUCAGUGUCGAUGCCCUUAUGACGACGCGAGAGAAUAGCGCCGCGCUGAUGACCAGGGAGAACCAGCACCACACGCACCAUCCCCACGGUCUUCAACAUCCUCACCCUCACUCGCACUCGAUCAUGACGAGCAGAGAGCCGAUGGGUGCCGGGGUAGUGUCCAGGGACCAUCUGGCGUCCGUGUGCACGACCACGACCACGACCACCGCCGCCGUCGCGGCGAUGAUGGCCACUACAGGGUACGGGCACAGUAGCACUGUGUCCAGAAGCAAUGGUUCACCGCCUGGCACUAUGUACGCGCCUUACUGCACGCCCACUGCCAGUUACAUAAUGGAUCACGCGGAAUACAACUCGAGAAACCAUAACAACACCGCGGCACACUCGCAAUGGUACCAGGACGCGGCCAGCCCUGAUGCCGCUGCCAUUUAUCAGGACACACAGUCGCCGAGCUGUCAGCUUUAUAGAUCCAGCCCACCCACACCUCUCUCAACGAGCGCAGCACCGUCCCCGCCCCUGUACCACAGAUACUACCAAGACUGCAACACCGUCAACACCAGCGGCAAUUUACCCAUCACGCUGCAUAAAUACUGAGAAUACCGAAAUUCAAGGCCUCACCAUCGGGGCCUUGAAGAGCACCACGGCGAACACUACGACCCGAGCCUUGUCUACGUGAAGCAGGAGUGGAUACCCUCCACGGACGAGCUCGCCAAAGAGUGGAACUAGAUAAGUCUUAGAUUACCGAUGAAACAUGGCGGAAGAUUAGCCGAUGGUCGAUGGACCGAAUAAAUAACUGUAGAUAGUUUAUUCACGUAACGGGAGUUCGUGAAUUGUGUAUUUAAAACCGUGUAGGCGCAGCGAUGGAUGUUAACAAAUAGGACAAACUUAAUAGCGACUUUAUAGCAGACCUGGGCAUAUCUUACUUGAGAUGCAAAUUUGAGAAUCGUUUGCCACGUAGGGUGGGAUUCGUUUAUAGAAACGAUACGCUUUUGGUUAAAUUUUACUUCAUGGAGAUUCGGUUCAUAAAUUUAUAUACAGAACGGGCAUAUCAAAAUUGACCCUUAAGGACCGAAAAAGAACAUAGCACUUAUGCCAUAGAAAACGAAAGGUCCCAAUGCGGAGACAUGCAAAGAAUUUAGUUUUCAUUUCAUUUAUUUAUCAUCGCUGUAGUUUUCUUUAUCGAAUAUUGCAAUCUAUUACAUCAUUGGUUUGUUGAUCAUGCAUUGAUAAAAAAUAUUUACCGUAAUAUAACGUCUUAUGGACGAGUAUUACAAAAAAAAGCUCUCGGCCGUUAAGGGUUAAUGUUACAAGUAACCUUUGAACAAUGUCCAGGACUGCUCCGUCGAUGGAAAUGUUUACCGUAAAGUAUUCAAGUAACUCAACGUAACUGUACUAGCUGAUUUCUACUUUGAUAACCGGUGUCUCGAAAGAACGAGCCCGACGAUGCCGAUAGUUGCGAACAAGGGACCUGGAAAAGGAACAAGCUCCCCGAUCCCCGGCACGAGCACACCUACCCUCUCAGCGCUUUUGGAAUCGUUAUCGUGACCAACGAACACGUGUUCUCGGUCCGGGUAGAAAAAAGAACGCCCGGUACACGUGUAUUUGCGCGUAGCCGAGGAACCCGUGGAUUGACAAAUAACCUUAAAUCGGUGGUCGCCGAGCCGGGACAACAAAUCUUCCUCCGUUUUUGAAUCACAGAACAAGACGAGCUUGAUAAUUGAACGCGACUCGACAAAAGUCAGUCGUUCAAAUUUUAUUACAAAUUUUUUUCCUCGUAUGUCAGUGUCAUUCGUUUCAUUCGUCGGAACUUUUAAAUUGAUCACUAACAGGCCGUUGUGCGUUUUUAUUCACCGUUAACGAUGUCUUUUCGUUAGUUGUUUAGAGACUUUUAUGGGGAAUUUUCGAGUGAAGCUUCGAUGCAAACGACAGUCGCAAUUCGUAACGUUCCGUCGGGGUGUAAUGGUUGUCAACUCAGCCUCGGUUCUUCGUUAAUGAAUCGGCGCAAAGUGAGCCAGGAAAACUAGCAUGAAUAUCGAUGAUGAUCAUCGUCAGCUGAGCAAACAAAGCCAGCUUUACCAUGACCUACCAUAAUUCGUCCAGUUAGGGGAAAUCCCGUUUCCUCGAGGUUACGCGUCGUGAUUGACGUCAUAACGGUGCAACUGUCGCAAAACUGACCAACGAAUAGAAAAAUUCACCGUUGCGUCCUUGACGUUGCUAGCUGCGUCUACUUCCGCCGCGUGGCGAAUUCCGUGACCGAUAGAAACGAAAUUUUCAAUGAGAAAUGAUUUUAAACGCGCUCGCACGAAUCAAGGUUUACUGACAAUCAAUUUUAUUUGUUUUGUGUAAUCAAGAAAUUCGUUUUUCACGAUGUUUUCUUACAAUGAUCUUUAAGGACUUCUUUAAAUCUUGUAUUCUUCAAUAUGGCGGAAAGUUUAACUCGUUAAAUGAAUACAUUCUCGAACACGCAUCGUUACAAUUGAAAACAGCUGAAGCGGAUCAACGUGGCGCAACGAAACACUACAAUUAUUUAAAUAAUAAAUACAUGGAGAAAUAUGUGACUGUGUGGAAUGAAGAUGAACGAAAAUAAAUGACUUAGUUAACGGAUUGACGAUGAAAGAUACGUUUAACGAUCCCCGGGUCUUGGGUCAAGGGUCGAAGGACAAAAAUUCGUGUCGUGCUACGAAAAAUCAUAAUGUGUGCUUUCUGCGACGAGAACAACGGAAUUCGGAAUUAUGAAACUUAUUUUCUAGCCGGUUUCGUGGGGGAGAAAAUAGUGAUCGUGUUCCCGAGGAUUGUGAGUCUCGUCCUUGUGCAUUUAUUCGUGACGUCAUUCCUCGCGACGUUCGACGAGAGCUGCGAUAAUAUAUAUUUAUUUGAUAUACGGAUCAUGUGAAUAAUAAAAACGAUCGAGACGGAAUCGUAUCGUAGAUAGAUCUCUGCGUGUAUAUUAUUACAAAGAGUAUAAAUAUAUAUAUAUAUAUAUAUAUAUACAUAAAUAGAUAUAGAUAUUGUAUAGAUGAAGGGUAUAUAUGUAUAAAUAGACAGAUAUAUAUAUAUAUACGUAUACAAAAACGUAUUGGUAUCACCGAUUAAUCAACGAUAUUACCUAUUAUCGUAGGAUGAGUCGUGCGAAUGCGAUAACUUACGAAAUAAACAUAACGAAUCAGACGAAACCUUGUGUCCUUUUCUUAUCCCGAAUUAUAAUUCAAUGAAUUCUUUUUGCCAUACCAUCAUUUACACAACGGAGGUCAAAAUUAAUUCGAUUAUUAGCGAAUAUGAUUUUAGAACGGAAAUAAACAAAUACUUUCUCUUUAACCCUUAA